AUGGGGCCGUAUCAGAUCAUAAGGAAGAUUGGGUCAGUAGCAUACGAGCUAGCCUUACCUCCCCAAUUGUCCAACCUUCAUCCGGUUUUUCACGUUUCUCAACUCCGGAAAUAUGUAGCAGAUCCCUCGCACGUAAUGAAGCUAGAGGACGUUCGUUUUCGUCAAGAUCGAACGCUGGAAAUGAAGCCGGUUAGUGUGGAAGACGUUCGCACCAGGUUAUACAAGGGAAAGGACGUUCGUUUGGUGAAAGUUGUAUGGGACGAAAAGACGGACGACUCUACCUGGGAAGUGGAAGAUGCCAUGAAGGACUUAUACCCUCAUCUAUUCCCUGAGGGAGAUGCAUCUCUGGAAGAAGCGCUUGAAGAAGGUUUCAUUGCUGAAGAGAAUCUUGUAGAAGUUGAAGUGAAGGCCGAACAGUAG